AAAAAGACGAGACUGCACCUUACGAGCACCUUCCUCUAAUUUGAAAGCCAUCAAUUUCCAGAGACUUUCCACUUUCUAUCAUGAUGUAUAUAAUCCAUGUAUAUAAACCCUUCUCAUCUUCAAUUUCAUAAUAUCAAUUCCAGUAAUCUAGUCUCCAUCUGCAUUUAAGAGAUCUUUUUAAACAUUCUAAUUCUUUUUCAUCGGGAGUAAAUCAUUAACCAUGUCUCUCAUUUAUCUCGAUCAAUUUCCCCUAGAGAAUAUAUCGAUGAAUACAAUUCAACUUAUUUUUCUGAUUCUUGUAUUGGUCGAUUUCCUCGUGCUCCACGUAAUCCUCAACAGGAAGAAAAUCUGCAGUUUUUUAUCAGAACAUGAGUUUUCAAUCCAAUUAACUAGGUUCAAUGAUUCCAAAGUUCAGGCUGGAAGGAAUGGAGUUUUUGAGUUAUCCGAGAAGAAACCGUCCUUCAGAGAGAAGAUGGUUGAUGGAAGCGUUUGUAAAGGAGAUAUAGAGAUGGUUCUUAGAAGUAUGGGGUUUUUUUACAGUCCUGAAGAAGGGAAGCUUCCAGAAAAACUCGAUGCUAAUGACUUUUUCGACAUGUUUGAAGAGAAAAAUCCUUGUUUAGAUGAAGCGAAAAUAGCUUUUGACGUGUUCGACCAGAAUAAAGAUGGAUUUAUUGAUGCAAGAGAGUUACAAAUUGUUCUAUGUUCUCUGUGCUUAAAGGAAGGAUCAGAGAUAGCGAACUGCAGGAGAAUGAUCAGGGUGUUUGACGAAAAUGGAGAUGGGAAAAUAGAUUUUAAUGAAUUUGUGAAAUUAGUGGAGGGUAGCUUUUAAUGAAUUAUUGUUUAAUUUUUAACUUGAAACUUAUAACAGACUUCAAAGUUCAACAUUUCUUCUUCUCUUCUCAUUUUUCACAUUCAACACAUCCUUUUUACGACA